UUGUAACUAUUGAGUUCGGAACGUCAUUUUCCCGGGUCGUGUAUCCGUCUACGUCCCUAGCUCCAAACUCCUCACUCCCUAAUCCCUUCGAGUUUCGAAGACUUGAGUUGACAAUGGCCGUGCACCGUGAUCGUCUAAUAGACUCAGAAGAUAACGAAGAAGAAAAUGGUCUCUUCGAAGAGGACGGUUUGAUCGUCCCUGAUUCUGAUAUUCCUCCUCAUCUCCAUGACCUUGCCCUCGCCGUUCAAGUCGGCGAUGUCAACGCCCUUCGCCGAGCUCUGGAUAACUUGAACGGAAGCAUUGAUGAACCAGUAGAGGAUGGAGACACAGCUCUUCAUCUCGUCUGUCUCUAUGGUUAUUUACCAUGUGUCCUGCUUCUCCUGGAAAGGGGAGCAAACUUGGAGGCAAAGGAUGAAGAUGGGGCAAUACCUUUGCAUGACGCAUGUGCCGGGGGCUUUACUGAAAUAGUCCAACUGUUGUUGAACAGUGCUAAUAGUGCAGUGCGGGUGAGAAGGAUGCUGGAAACAGUUGAUUCUGAUGGUGACACCCCUCUUCACCAUGCGGCGAGAGGUGAACAUGCAGAUGUUAUAAGAUUGCUGCUGGCUGCUGGUGCUUCUACAACAAAAACGAACAUAUACGGAAAGAACCCAAGUGAGCUACCAGACCCCAACUCGGAAGCUAAGAGGAUUUUGGAAUCUGCUGCUAGUGCCGUUUCAUGCCAGUAGGCUGUGACCAAAUGCUCCCUUGGAUAAAAGAGGAGGCUUUACCUUAUCUUGGUUUUUCAGCAUGGCUCGUAGCUGGUAAUUUUGUUGGCAUAUGUAGUUAGACAACAUUGCAGAAACAAAAACCUUUUGUUAAGGGAUUCACCCAGAUGGAAAAUAGAGAUUAGAGGUUACUUGAUUAAAGAUUUCAUAAUUCUAUUGUAAUUAUUUAUUUAUUAUUAUUAUUAUCCUGUUUUAGCUGAAGGAGAAAAACAAAGUCAUUAAUUUGCAC